AUGAUUAAAUUGGAGGCUCACACCUUCCAUCAAAAAAAUGUUAUGACACCAACUUAAUUAUCAAAUAAAUCUCCCAUAGAUAUAGUUAGAUAGAAAAAAAUCAUUUUCAAACGAGAACUGUUAAAUACAGAAUAGAAUUUCCUCGUUCAAACUGAGGAGCAUGAAGAAAUUAUAUACCUAAAACCUGAUGUUCCAGAUCUCAUUUUGACUGAUCUUACCAACAUGGCCAUAUAAGAGGAUAUCUCUGAAUAUUAGGCCUUAGAGUAUCACAAUCGAGUAGCAAAACUGUUAGAAUUUUAUACGCAGAAUUAGAUUCAAGUUUAAUACACAUCAGUUUUAUUCUCAAAAAUAAAUUAUGCCAUAAUACUUAAGAAAUACGCAGCUCAAAAUGAAGCCUUGGAGAUAUUAUUGGAUUGUGAUUAGAUUCUCAAGACCAAAGGCAAAGCACUCAAAAAGACUUCCCCUGAAAGUUUGAACUUAGCAUAAAUAAUCCAAAACAAACUGUUAAGAUUGAGACUAGUCUUUCAAGUCACAUUGUUAUUUUCUGAAACAAAAAAAAAUAAACAGGCCUUAGAAAUGGCCAAAAAGACCUUAAGAAUCUUAAAGAGUAUUAUAUAGAAUACUAUAAAAUUGUGUCAAUAAAUUACUGUAAUGUCAUUAAUGAAUAAAAAACAAAGAGCUAAUUCAGAGGUUAAUUCUGCUUUACAAAAGAUUUACACUUCCUAAACCAUCAAUAUAACAUCACAACUGUCCCAAGCUUUAUCCUAUCCCCAAAUUGUAGAGAUUAUUUUCAAAGAAAUACUGGUUUCUAUUACGAGUAUGCUACCCAAUGAGGAAAAACCUAAUGAUGUUAUAAAUAUUCAAAAUUUAAUGAUCCGAAGCUAUCAGAAUCGGAGUCAAUCACUUUUUGCUUCAGAAUACGUCUUUCAACCAUAAAAUAAUCCGCAAAAUAAACUAUUCACAUUAAUUGAUGAUAAUCAUCCUAUGUUGCAAAUGUAAAUUUUAGGAUUGAUGUAAUUAACUUAUGUAGAUUUAGAGGAGUUAUUCCCUAUCAAUAGUUAUGAGAUGGUAAUGGCUGAAGAAGUCAUUUUAGAAUUAAUCAUGUUGACAGGGUUGAGUUUCUAUAGUAUCUCCACUGAACUCAGAUUCAUCAACAAUCAAUCCAAUAAAUUAACAGUAGAGAUAUGGCUUGGCAAAGCUGUCGAGAUAUUCUACAUGUAUGUUCCACAUUCUAGUGCCAUCUUUAAUUAGAUUUAUCAGGUGUAUCAAAAAUUAUAUGGAGUAGACAAAUAAUCUAUUCCAGAAGAUGAGGAAAUCGAAUAUCAUACUAAGCUAUUGAAGCCACACCCCUAUAACAAUAAAUCAAGUCUCUCCAAUAAAGUUGUCAUCGUCAUCAAAGUCCCUAAUUAAAACAAAUAAUCGUAAUCCAAAGAUACAGAAACUAAAUAAUCUUAAAACACUCAAACAACUUUCCAAAAGAUUUAACAAUAAAUAUUAGUUAAAAAGCAAAUCCUCUUCCCUCAAAAGCAUACUUUCACCUAACCGGAUUCAGAUAAGAAGUUGGAUACAAUGUAAGAUGAAAAGGAUAAGUCUCCACAAUUGCAACAACAACUAUUUGUCAAAAAAACUAAUACCUCAUUAAAUUCGACUGAUGUAAAACAAAGAGUAGAAUUCUUAAUGAAUUAAAUACUUAAUCAAUAAGCUAGACUCACUCAAGAGAAACUAAAACAAAAACACUAGCCCAUUACCAUUCUAAAACAAAAGUAUCAGGUAACAUCUAAGAUCCAGGAAAAUGCAAAUACUUUCAAUCCUCUCAUGACUUCAUAAUUUAAAACCACUGCUACUGUUAGUAGAUCUCUAUCCAACUCAAGGAAAACUAGUUAAGUUAACUUAAAAAAUUAAUCCAACGGCGUGAAAACUGCUUAAAUGAGAUAUCGCACUCAAGUAAACUCUGCAGAUGAAUCAUCUAAAUAAUUUGCUUAACAUUUAGCAACUUAAUUGGCUAGUAUUAAUCGCUAAACAACCAAAGGGUUUAUGUUAAAAAGAAGUGAUUCUGCCAAAAAACCAAAGGUUCCAUUUCAAUAACAUUGA